AUGCAGAGCAUAUUACCCGACAGCAGCAGCGAUAAAGAGAACUCCCACUCUCGCUUCCUGCAGCCGUCUCGUCGCCCUACGUCGCGUUACGCCGACGCUCAAUCGGACGCUCCGACCUCCGCCCCUCCGUCGCAGCGCAGGUUCGAAUACGUGGAGCUGUCCCCCGUCCCCGCCUCGUCCGGCUCCCUCCCGGCCGGUCAGAGGGAGGCCGGGGAGGGUCAGGGCAGGGAGCACGGCACGUGGCAGGAGGAGAGGAACACCAGCAGCCAGUGGGAGGCCGUGCUGUCCAGGAAGGGCACGGGCGGGGGAUCCAACCAGAGGCUGCGGGUGGAGGACGAGAUAGAGAAGAAGUGGGCCGAGCUGGAGCGCAUGCCGUUGAAGGAGAUGAGUUCGUUACCGGCGGCGGGGUCACGGUCCUCCGGCCAGUCAGCCAAUGAGGCGCUGCAGAGGGAGGUGGCGUCACUGAGGCAGCAGCUGGAGCAACUACAAGUAAGAGGAGGAGGUGGAGGUGGAGGUGGUGGAGGAGGAGCGAGGGGUGGCUGCGGUCCUGAGACUCCCUGCGGCCGCAGCCUGUCAGCGAUGGAGCGCGCUCAUCGACAGGCGCUGGAGGAGCUGCAGCGGCAGCAGGAGCGCCAGAUCAGGGAGGUGGAGACGCAGAGAGAGAGGCUGCUGCUGGAGGAGACGAGGGACAUCGCACGAGUGAUGGAGGCUUUGAAGAAGAAACACAAAGAGGAGCUGGAGCGAGAGGUGGAGAGAGCCAAGAGGCUGGGCAGCGGGACCAUAGACUCCCAGACGUUACGCUCCCAACAGAAGGCAGAGUCUCAGGCCCUGCAGAGAGAGCUGGCCGGCCUCUCUGAACAGUACUCUCAGAAGUGUCUGGACCUAAACCGAGCCGAGCAGAACAACGCAGAGAGAGAGAGGGAGAUCAGCCGUAAAGAGAGAGACAUGGAGCAGCUGAGGAAGGAGAACCAGGAUCUAAAGGCACGUUUGGUGGAUGAAAUCAGCCGUUUGAGAUCUUCAGAUCAGGACUCUGAGCACGACAAAGACGGGGUGUCCUGUGAACUGGAGGUUCUCCUCAGGAUGAAAGAAAACGAGAUCGAGUACUUACACAAAGAGAUCAGCUGCCUCAGGAACGAACUGCAGUUUCUCAACACGGAGAAGCGUCUGGCUUGUGAACGUUACUCAGAGAUGCAGGACGAGCUGAGCGGGAUGAAAGGCCGGAGCGAGCGAGAGAUCCAGAGUCUGAAGGAGCACCUGAGGCUGGCCAUGGCUGCUCUGCACGAGGGGCAGAAACUGGGGAACAGCCUGGACCACUGACCGUCUGCUGCUGGUACCAAAACAGGUGUGUUCACACCUUAGAGACUGAAUCAAAGAGGUCCACAGGAAAGCCAAGGAGAGGAUUUCAGGACUGGUUCAGUUCUGGUUGUGUCGGGGGACCAUGAUAGUGCCUUAGUUUUCAAUCCUUCUGCCAAGGAGCAGCAUAGAGUAGGUAUUAAGCUGGUGUCAUUAGGGCCUGUGUCCAUUAGCAGCGUUUCUUUUUGCUGUGAACUCAACUUCAGAGCGCUUCUCACGGUGCUUACUGUUUGCAAGGUUACGAAAGUUGUCCACGACGCUUCUCCUUCCCUUGAUAGUGACUGAGAAAUCUGUUUUAAAUGCUUUUAUUGCUUCAUUUUUACUUUUAUUCAGUGACAUUUUACAGGAAAGUGUAAAAACAAGUGAUAGAAACGUGUCGUAGCGUUAGCAGCAGCUCUCACUCUUGGCUUUUUUGAGCUUAGGAUGCUGAAAACGCUGAGCUGCAUUGAUGUGUUUUGAAAAGAAACGCUGCCAGUGUGAAAGAAGAAUAAAAAGCAGUCAGUGGACACAGGCCCUUAAACGAGGCUACACGUUAUAGAGAACUGCACUUUUGAUUUUUUUUAUUAGAGCUCUUUAAGAGUGCGCAUUUGGUCUGAAACUGGAACAUUUAUGGAGUGAGAUGUUUUUUUAUGAGGUAUUGUUGAGUAUAAAAAGUUCAUACUUUUUUUUUGUUGUUGGUAAUUUUUCAUUCUCCUGUGUUUGUGCCUGAGACAUCAGAGGUCAACAGUUACACCAGAGCUACUGUCAUCUCCGUUUUUAAUGUUGUAUAGUUAAAGAGUCAUGUUUACUCUCUGAAAAAGGGCACAUUUUCUAUAGAAAUGGGAGCUUCUCUGUGCUGUAAUUAUUAUUUUUUAACUUGAAAGUGUGCUUUUCGUAGUUUUGUGUUAGAAAAGAAAACAUUGGGAUUAUUACAGGACAAGACGGCAAAGGUGUCUCUCUUCAGGCAGGCUGACUCUGAAGCUGAUCCGUGAUCGCACGGAGGCGGUUCAGGCUCGACUCUCUGGAGGAUGUUUGUUAAAGCUGUCGAAUGAUCGUCGUCCCGAAUCACACACGUCUUAAUUUCAAAUCUCCGGUCUCCCCCGAGCAUUACAGGCAUUACUCUGCCGCCACCACGAAAACAUACGACAAGUGUUGCAUUAAUGAGCCAAAUUUUUUAUUGACAGUAUGAAUUGUGAUACGAUGACUUAUCUACCUGCCUUUUGGAAACAUUUUCAUAUUUAAUGUACUGUAGAGCCUGCAUCUUCAUAUUUGUAAAUUAUAAACAUUUUUGCAAUCAAUAAAACAAGUUCAACAAAAACA